UUAUGCUGUCGGUUCUCCCGCCAAGCCCUCCUGUUUGUAGUCCUCAUCGCGGCCAGCAGGUCGACCUCGUCCUUGGUCAGCAUCCCGUUGACGAAGCUUGAGCGCACUGGGUCGUAUCUCCGAGGGUCCCCACAUGCUGAUCGUGCCCGAGCAUCAUUCUUGAAGACUCGAACAACUGGCGGUUCAACGACCGUCCCGGCUUCAAAUUUGGCAUAUGUACAGUACACCACCAGCGUUGGCAUUGGCAGCCCCGCCACAUACUACAAUUUGGCUAUUGACACAGGGAGUUCUAACACCUUUAUCGGAACAGGUAAAAAGUAUGUCCGUACGUCAACCAGUGUCCCCACUGGACAACAAGUCAAUGUAACCUAUGGACUUGGUUCUUUCACUGGCGUUGAAUACUCUGACACGGUCACUCUUGCACCCGACCUCGUCAUUGCGAACCAGUCUAUUGGCGAUGCCCUUCAAUAUGCAGACUUUGAAGGCAUUGAUGGUCUCAUUGGUGUCGGACCAGUUGAUCUCACGCAUCACAGUCUGUCACCUGAUACUAAUGCGUUGAUCCCAACCAUCAUGAAUAACGCCCUGAAGCAGGGCCUGAUCCGAAAGCAAAUUCUCGACGGAGCCAUUACAUAUGGUGGCAUUGACCAUGCUCUCUACACUGACAAAAUAACCUAUGCCCCAGUUACCGAGACUCACCCAGCAGGCCACUACUGGGGCAUCAACGUGACUGAGUCGACAUAUGGUACACAUGCUGUCAUUCCUCAGUCAACUGCCGGCAUUGUCGACACGGGCACCACUCUGGUUCUGCUUGCGGAUGAUUUCUUUGCCACGUACAUAGACGCCAUUCCCGGCGCCUACCUCGACAACAACCUCGGCGGCCUCCUUGUCAUCCCCUCCUCCUCCGUCGCGGACAUGCAACCCCUUAACUUCAAGAUCGGUGGCGCCGUGUUCAGCAUGGAUACAGCUGCACAGCUAAUCCCAUUGAACCAGAGCAGUUCUUGGGGCUAUGCUGGCGUACAAUACGGCACUGUCUCUAACAUCGGCCACGACAGCGGCAAGGGUUUCGAUUUCAUCAUCGGGAUGAACAACCGCGUUGGCUUUGCGUACACUAAGCACACCUUCUCGACGUACUCGCCUUGAGUCGAACCAUCGCCAUUUGGAGGAUAAUAAGACUUAUGAGUUGGGCAACCCUACAUCGCGUGAUUCAAGUUAGGGUUCGCUGAC